CCCAUAAUCCCCAUCACGAAUUACUUUCGACGUCACCGAAAACAUCAUGGCGGGGUAGUGUGUUCAUGAGCGCUAAACAUGGAAUAAAACGUCAAACAUAUGGAAUAUAUCUCGAAAAAAUGAAUUUAAUCACGAGUCUCUCUCUGCAGUAGGACAGAAUGGUCCGCAGAUCCAGUAUCAGUAUUCGGCCCAACGUCAGGCCGGCGGGCAGAGGCCCAGCAGCCCUAGCCUCCUCCCAAGACACUCCUCCAUUAUCCCAGGCCACCGAGGCUCCUUCCCAGGCAGGGGGCCAGGAGGUGGACACCACCCCUACUGCAGUGCCAGAAACCUCCACAUAUGAUGAUAAAGACCCAAAUGGUGAGGCUUCCAGUGGCACCCCCUCAGACAGUAUUCAAAGGAGGAAGAGGUUCUCUUUCAUGCCAAACUUUGCCAAACGCCGGGCGGCCCCCCAGCGAGACAGAUGCUGGACCCCCACAGGGCAUGAGAUGCCCAAGGCGGAGGCCCUCUGGAGACACGAAGAGGGCAUCUCAGUAUCUGAGAGAGCUAAGACUCUGGUAGCCAGGUCUGUGUCUGUUGGGCUCACCGGGUUGGCACCAAGAAAGUCCAGGCUUAGCAGGUUCCUGAAUGACCCAACGGACCUGCAGAGGCUGGCCAAGGCCCGGAAGCUCAGAGAACUGCUGAGACAGGAGAUGAAAAAGGAAAAGAUUGUGUGUUCCUGGUGUAACUCGGGCAGUUGUUGCCAUCCUGUUACUGUCCCGCAGAAACUGAGGAAAGCCAAGGUGUGUUUGAGUGAAUAUAAGCUGGAUCCCUCUAAAAUGACCAUGAGCGAUCUUCUAUACUACCUGCCUGAUACCUACCCCGUGACUAUAAUCUGUCCUAUCUGGAAGAGGAACAGAGGGAGAACCAGACUGUUCUGCUGCUCACCCACCCAAGAGAAGUCCCCUGCGAGGCCCCCAAUGCCAGAGGCCCCGGCUGAGACAGCAAGCCAGAGGGAUGAAGAUGAGGAUGAUGAUGACGCUGACGAUGGGGCGAUUUUGCCGCGAGUGAGGGUGGCAGAGGACGGGUCUCUGAUCAUCGAUGAGUAGAGUUUGACGAUAGAGGUCCUGAGGCAGAAAGGGCCAAAUACAGCUGAUGAUGGAGACCCGAUCUUUGAGCAUGGCUCCACAACCACCUACUCUAGCUUUAGGAAAGGGACACACGUCAAACCCUGGUGCAACAAAGAGACAGACUUGUUCUUCCUGGCUAUCAAUAUGGUAGGAACAGACUUCUCUAUGAUUGGACAGCUGUUUCCUCACCGCGGUCGCAUUGAGAUCAAGAACAAGUUCAAGAAAGAGAAGAGAGCAAACAGCUGGAGGAUAGACAAGGCCUUCAGUCAUUUUGGGAAACUAUUUUAUCAGAAGCAUAUUACUAUACUUAGUCAUUAUAGAUGGGAUUGGGGAAUCAAACGCAUUAUGGUAUUUUCUCUGUUCAGAGGAGAGGCGUAGGCUGGAUCUGGAGUUCUUCACUAGCCUCUUGGAGAAGAUCUUGGGCAUCGAGGCGAAGAGUAACAAAAACAACAAGUCCCCCACGGAGAAGAAAAUUAUAAAGGAAAAUAAGAGAAAACCAAAAG